CAGGGUGUGCUAGUGAAGCGUUACAGGGUGACAUUGCAGGGCAGGUCACAGCUGUGUAGUUACAGCUGGUAUCAGCGCGGUGUUUUCAUCCAGAUGUCAAUCAUGUGGACGUUUCUCUGAUUUAUCCUCCAUGUAGCAGCAGAAUGUAAACUACUGUCGGUUAUAACGCAAUGAACAGCCAAAUCGUGCUUAUUAAAAGAAACGUGGUUUGAUCAACAUCUAGAGCUCCAGGUCUAAAGAAAUGGACUCCAUCUCACUGAUGGGCAGCAGUCCUGCAGGCAAAGCCUUCUUCCUUCCUAACGGCAUGAAGAACGGGCCCAGAGAAGGCUCCAGCAAGCCGUCAGUGGCCAUCAUCGGCUCUGGGGAUUUCUCCAAGUCUUUGGCCAUCCGUCUGCUGUGUAGUGGCUUUCAUGUAGUGGUGGGCAGUCGACAGCCCAAGCGGGCGGCUGAGUUUUUUCCUCAUGUGGUAGAUGUGACCCAUCACGAGGACGCAGUGGGCAAAGCUUCCGUUAUUUUCUUGGCUAUCCACAGAGAACACUACUCUUCUCUCUGGGACAUCAAGCACCUCUUAGCUGGCAAAAUCUUGGUGGACGUCAGCAACAACAGGAGGUCGAACCAGUAUCCAGAAUCCAAUGCAGAGUACCUCGCUUCCCUAUUCCCAGACUCUGAUGUGGUGAAAGGAUUUAAUGUAAUCUCAGCAUGGGCUAUGCAGUCAGGCCCUAAAGAUGCUAGUCGACAGGUGUAUAUCUGCGGUAACUCAGUGGAAGCGAGGCAGCAGGUCAUCGAGUUGGCCCGGCAGCUCAGUUUCAUUCCCGUGGAUAUGGGCACACUUACCUUGGCAAAGGAAAUAGAGAACAUGCCGUUGCGGCUGUUUUCAGACUGGAAAGGUCCCGUUCUUACUGCUGUUGCCAUUUCCAUCUUCUUCUUUGCUUACUCUUUCAUUCGGGAUAUCAUUCAUCCAUAUUUGAAAAAUGGGCAAAGCUUUUUUUAUAAGAUCCCACUGGAGAUUGUGAACAGGACACUUCCGGUGGUGGCUAUAACUGUGCUGGCGCUGGUGUAUUUAGCGGGUCAGCUCGCUGCUGCGCACCAGCUCUUCUAUGGCACUAAGUUCCGGCGCUUUCCCAGCUGGCUGCAGGGAUGGUUACAGAGCCGCAAGCAGCUGGGCUUGCUCAGCUUUUUCUUUGCCUGCAUCCAUGUACUCUACAGCCUCUGCCUGCCCAUGAGGAGGUCUGAGAGAUAUCUGUUGCUCAAUAUGGCGUACCAGCAGGUUCAUGCCAACAUAGAAAACUCGUGGAAUGAGGAGGAGGUGUGGAGAGUGGAGAUGUACGUGUCUUUUGGUAUAAUGAGUCUGGGCCUUCUCUCUCUCUUGGCCAUCACGUCCAUUCCAUCAGUAAACAGCGCCCUCAACUGGCGAGAGUUCAGCUUUAUCCAGUCCACGCUUGGCUAUAUCGCCCUGCUUAUCGCCACCAUCCACGCACUGCUGUUUGGCUGGAAGCGGGCGUUUGAAGAGGAGUCGUAUCGUUUCUACAUGCCGCCCACCUUUGUAGUAGCCGUGGCUCUGCCUGUCACGGUGAUUGUGGGUAAAGCUGUGUUAAUGAUGCCUUGCAUGGCAUGGAGGCUGAAGAGAAUCCGCAGAGGCUGUGAUGACAGUCAGCAUCAUGCUGAUCGUGAGAGACCUACAGCCCAUGUUUCCCCAGAAAGAGUCACCAUUAUGUAGCAUCAUCUGCACUUAUCUACAGUAAUAUCUCAGCAACAGCUCAGCCUCCUUCCUACCAUGCAGUGUCCCUCUGACUAAUAGAAGCAAUGGUUUCCUUUUUUCGGUUUGUAUUAGUACAUGUUGUGUUUUUGUGAGUCACAUGAUUGGUGCAUGAAAUGAAUUUGGAGUCACACUGGCUAAGCAUGUGACUGGGCCUUUAUAUGAUGGGGCCUGUGGCUAAAAUGAAAGCUCCAUUUAGGCCAUGUGCUCUGACCACAUGCUGUGGUAACAUUCCGAUUUGUGUUAUAGGAAAAUAAUCAGUGUUGUUUUAUUCCAUUUAUUUGACCGCAAUUUGCCAAAGUUUUUUUUGUUAAUUAUUAUUCAUGAAUGGGAAAAGAAAUUUAUUUCCAUCUAACGUCCACAAAACAUUACAUUCCUGUUAUCACUUAUGAUUUAGCCUCUAUAAUCAGUUGUUCCAUUACAAAAAUACAGCUUAUUUCCAUGAAACUCCUAAACAUAACUUCUGUCCUUAGAUUUUCCUGUGGUGGAACACCAUUUCCCCUCACUGUUACAAAGCACUGUCAAAGGAGUCUCCUUCCAUAAAUGUGACGAAACGCACAUACACUUAUUCUGUUUAGAAGAUGCCCUUAUUCAGAGUGACUUAUAUUUAUAUCAUUUAUAAAAUUUAGGGUUAAGGACCUUGCUAAAGGGCCCAACAGUGUGAGCUUGGCAAUGCUGGGAUUUAAACUCAUGAUUUUCCUGUCAGUAGUCCAGAGACUGAGUGACCCCUGCUCCAAGUAAAAAAUCCAAAAUUCUAGCUAUUUCUUUAAAUGGCAACAAUCUAUGUAUUAUUAAACUUACAUGACAUGGUGUGCAUACCAUGCAAGUCUCUGUGGGAUAGUUACUCUAGAAACAAUAAAUAAUUGACCAAGUGAAGUAAUCUAAAACUGUUAUUUGCCUUUCUGUGAAAGCCAUUAUAAAAUUAAUUAACAUUAAUCAACACUUACUGACAGAUUAGAUUUGAGAAUUCAGCAGCGCUGUAGUAAACCGUACCUUACUUGUUUUUCACAAUACAAAGCAUCAGAUGCUGAACAGUGUCAGGUUUAUUCAUGUUGCUGAGUGGGUAGUUUGCUGUGCUUGUCUGGUUCUUACAGUGAACUUUUGCAGCUGUAGUUACAAACGCAAUAGCAACAAUCAAGCAUAAUCCGUCAGCAGAACAUAUUUCUACUGUUUUGUGUGCAAAUGUACAUUUGCUGUUUUUGUGGAAAUGUUUUAAAGUUGUAAAAAAUAGCAACGCCUAAUGCUGUGAUGUCUGCAUAUGUGAUAAACAAGUAAAAUCUAAUCGGUCACUCCUGUCAUUAAAUGUCUGUUGAUUGUAUUAGCAGCAACAAUGAGGUACAAAGAAUCAACUGAUCAACCAGGAUUCAUUAUAAUUCAUCUCAAUGAUACUACAUAAUAGCCCUUGCUUCAAAACUCCU